ACAGUAGUAGUCCGCUAUGUGCUCUUCAAAGUGGAACAGAGCGCUCUGUGCCAACGAGGAGCAUCUCUAAUUGUCAAGCCGGCAUGGAGGACGCAAACAACACGACAGUCUUGUCUCAAUUCAACCUCCCUUUAAACAAAACCACUAAAGCAGCCAAAGAGGAUGAGGUGAGGUUGAGUUACCAAAUCCUCACCUCCUUACUCCUUUGUGCGCUCAUCCUGUGCGCAAUAUUUGGGAACGCGUGUGUGGUGGCUGCCAUCGCCCUGGAGCGCUCUUUGCAGAAUGUGGCCAACUAUUUGAUCGGUUCUCUUGCUGUCACCGACUUAAUGGUGUCGGUGCUGGUUCUGCCCAUGGCGGCACUAUAUCAGGUUUUAAACAGGUGGACUUUGGGACAAAUUCCGUGUGACAUCUUCAUCUCGUUGGAUGUUUUAUGCUGCACCUCGUCCAUAUUGCACCUGUGCGCCAUCGCUCUGGACCGAUACUGGGCCAUUACCGAGCCCAUAGACUACAUGAAGAAGAGGACACCUCGGAGAGCAGCGAUUUUGAUUAGCGUCACUUGGCUGGUUGGGUUCUCCAUCUCGGUGCCGCCUAUGUUGAUCAUGCGCUCCCAGCCGAACAGCGUGGAGGAAUACAGGAAGAACCCAAAGCAAUGUAAGAUCAGGCAAGACGUCUGGUACACCAUUUACUCCACGUUUGGUGCUUUCUACAUCCCUCUCAUCCUCAUGCUGGUUCUCUACGGGCGGAUAUUUAAAGCAGCCAGGUUCCGCAUCAGACGGACUGUGCGUAAAAGCGAAAAAAAGAAAGUGGCUGACUCCUGCUCGGCUAUAUCCCCCGCUCUCUUCCACAAAAAGACACCCAGAGAAGCGCAGACGAAAAGCUGGAAAAGAAGCGUGGAACCGCGGCCGCCGGUGGCGUGCGUCAACGGCGCGGUGAAGCACGCCGAGGACGGAGAAUCUCUGGAGAUCAUCGAGGUUCACAGCAGCCUCAAAGACAACCUCCCGCUUCCAAACACUCCGAGCCCCAUGCCGUUGUUCGAGAGCAGACACGAGAAGGCGACCGAGGCCAAGAGGAAGAUUGCCCUGGCUCGGGAGCGCAAAACAGUCAAGACGCUGGGCAUCAUUAUGGGGACCUUCAUCCUCUGCUGGCUACCCUUCUUUAUCGUCGCCCUGGUCAUGCCGUUCUGCCAGGAGUCGUGUUACAUGCCCCGCUGGCUGGAGGAUGUGAUCAACUGGCUGGGCUACUCCAACUCGCUGCUCAAUCCCAUCAUUUAUGCCUACUUCAACAAAGACUUCCAGGGAGCUUUUAAGAAAAUCAUCAAGUGUCAUUUCUGCAGACCAUGAAUUUCUUUUAAUAGCACCAUCCUGACAGGAGCUGCCCUGAAAUUACUCUGCUGUACCGAUCCUGACAAAAACUCACAUUGACUUCGACUCAACCAUCACCAUGCAGUGUUAAAUAUUACCUGAGGUAUGUGCAUUGAUAAACCUUCAUGGUCAUCAUCUUGUUCUGUAAUGCUCAAUAAAGAUACACUCUAUAAUUAACAGACCACCAUUUUUAAAUUCUGUAUCUAAAAAGUGAGACUGAACGUAUCCACAUACAUAUGAAAACUUGUUGAUGUCUUCUGGGUUCAUCUGUGAGACUUGAAUUAAACAGUUGGCAUUAAAAACAA